CUUCACUUCACCGACAUCUUUGUCUUUUUUAUUCCCUCUUCCUCCUUUGCUCGAUUCGUUUUGGAACUACUCUGUAAAUAAAAGAAGCUUGCUGAGCUCAACUACUUCAGAGGAUCAUGGUUUGAUUCCUGGAUCCAACGCAUUUAUUCAGGGUAUAGCUUUGGAGAUGGCGUGGUUUAGUGGGAAAAAUGCUUGGGGGAACUUCCCUGAUUUGGAUUUGGCGGGAGCCGUGAAUAAGCUUCAGGAAAGUGUCAAGAGCAUCGAGAAGAAUUUCGACACUGCUCUUGGAUUUGAAGAGAAGUCUGAAUCCAGCAAUGAAGGUGCAGGAUCAUGGCCUAUACCGGCAGACAGGAAAACCCUAUUUAAUCCUGUUAUGGCCUUCAUAGGGAACAAAAGUGAGGAAACUAGUGAAGAAACAUCUGAGAAAGCUGAAUCUUCUCAACAAGAAUCCAAAACUGAAAAAUCAACAGAAAAGCCUGAGUCUUCAGAUCACACACAUGCACCUGAGGAAAAAGAAAACUUAGGAACCGAUGGAACAGUCCAAAUGGAGACUGAAGAAAUCGCUAAUCAAAACAUAAAAAGGGUGCUCAAAGUAGAAGAUGAUGGUGAGCAAACUGAGUCAGCAGAUGUCUCAGCUGCUGAGAGUUUCAACCACACAAAUGAUGGACACAACUUGCAGGAGAUGCCUAUUGAGUUGCCUGAAACGCCUAUUAAUAAGUUUGAGAGUUUUGAUUCUGGUGACCUCCCUCAAGAGGAAGAGGUUGCUGAAGUGGGAACCUCUGAAAUUCCAGUGUUGAAGCAACCUAAGCCUUCCAACCUUGGGGACAAUAUAGUUGAGAAUGCUCAUAGCGAGCCAGUUGAUUCACAUGUUUUUAGUGAACCAAAUGAAAAUCUUCAAGUUGUGGCAAAAGAAGAGAUUAUAGAAGAGGAGGGAGUGCAAGCAGAAGAAAGUGUACCAAGUGUUUCUUCUCUUCAACCUGAGGCAUCUGAUGCUAGCAAGAAAAGCGAUUUGAUUGACAUGUCCGUACUGCAUUCUCGAGCUACUGAGGAAACCAAUAGCAUUGAUCAAUCAUAUCAUGAACCCUUGUCCAGUGGUACUCCACCAAAUGAUUCUUCUGAGGUGGUUUUGCCUGAAAAUGAAACAACUGUAGAAGAAAAUAAAAGUGACCACUCGGCUAAUGAUGUUACAACUGAAACAAAAGAGCAGCGAUUGAGUACUGAAAGAAAUAUGUCUGACUCAGGUUCUAUGUUUGAGCUGGAUUCGCUUAAGAAUGAAAUGAAAAUGAUGGAAGCUGCAUUACAAGGUGCUGCAAGACAGGCUCAGGCUAAAGCUGAUGAGAUUGCAAAGUUGAUGAAUGAAAAUGAACAAUUAAAAUCUGUCAUUGAGGAGUUGAAGAGAAAAUCAAAUGAGGCAGAAAUUGAGACUUUGCGAGAGGAGUACCAUCAGAGAGUUGCAACCCUUGAGAGAAGGGUUUAUGCUCUGACCAAAGAAAGGGAUACACUUCGCCGGGAGCAGAAUAAAAAAAGUGAUGCAGCUGCUCUCUUGAAGGAAAAGGACGAAAUAAUUAAUCAAGUUAUGGCAGAAGGUGAAGAGCUUUCCAAAAAGCAGGCUGCUCAAGAGGCUACGAUUAGGAAGCUGAGGGCUCAGAUUAGAGAGCUUGAGGAGGAGAAGAAAGGUUUGACUACAAAACUACAGUUAGAGGAGAAUAAGGUUGAAAGUAUCAAGAAGGACAAGACAGCUACAGAGAAAUUGUUGCAAGAAACUAUAGAGAAACAUCAAAUGGAACUUGCAGCACAGAAAGAAUAUUAUACUGAUGCUUUGGCUGCUGCUAAGGAGGCUGAAGCAUUAGCAGAGGCACGUGCUGACAGUGAAGCAAGAACAGAGCUAGAGAAUCGUAUAAGAGAAGCCGAGGAACGUGAAUCUAUGCUGGUCCAGGCACUUGAAGAAUUGAGGCAAACUUUAAGUAGAAAGGAACAGCAGGCAGUCUUCAAAGAAGACAUGCUUCGCAGAGACAUUGAGGAUCUUCAAAAACGUUACCAGGCAAGUGAGAGACGGUGUGAGGAAUUGAUUACACAAGUCCCAGAAUCAACAAGGCCGCUUUUAAGGCAAAUUGAAGCUAUGCAGGAAACAAAUGCCAGAAAGGCUGAAGCUUGGGCUGCUGUUGAAAGAUCUCUCAAUUCUCGACUUCAGGAAGCAGAAGCUAAAGCUGCAACUGCUGAGGAAAGAGAGCGAUCAGUGAAUGAACGUUUAUCACAAACUCUGUCUCGCAUUAAUGUCCUUGAGGCUCAGAUUUCUUGUCUUAGAGCUGAACAGACUCAACUAAGUAGGACCCUUGAAAAGGAGAGACAAAGGGCAGCUGAAAGUAGACAGGAAUACCUGGCAGCAAAGGAGGAAGCUGAGACUCAAGAAGGCCGAGUGAGACAGCUUGAGGAACAAAUUAGAGAGAUUAGACAGAAACACAAGCAAGAGUUACAGGAGUCCUUGAUGCAUAGAGAGCUUCUUCAGCAGGAGAUAGAAAAAGAAAGGGUUGCUCGAUCAGAACUGGAGAGGACUGCACAUGUUCAUUCUGCUGCGGUAUCAGAUCAAACUCCCAGUACAAAGCUAACUACUGCUUUUGAAAAUGGGAAUUUGUCUCGAAAACUCUCUAGUGCAAGCUCCCUAGGAAGCUUGGAGGAAAGCCACUUUCUGCAAGCAUCAUUGGACUCAUCAGAUGGUUUCUCAGAUAGGAGAAACCAUGGAGAACUAAGCAUGAAUCCAUACUAUAUGAAGAGCAUGACACCCAGUACUUUUGAAGCUGCACUUCGUCAAAAGGAGGGUGAACUUGCUUCAUAUAUGUCACGUUUGGCCUCAUUGGAAUCUAUUCGUGAUUCUCUUGCUGAGGAGUUGGUGAAAAUGACAGAACACUGUGAAAAGUUGCGUGGGGAGGCUGCUGUGUUACCUGGUUUACGAUCAGAGCUGGAGGCACUGAGGAGGAGGCACUCUGCUGCGUUGGAGUUGAUGGGUGAACGUGAUGAAGAGUUGGAGGAACUUCGUGCGGAUAUUGUUGACUUGAAGGAAAUGUACAGAGAACAAGUCAACCUGCUUGUGAAUCAGAUCCAGAGAAUGAAUCCAUCAAUGGGUAACACCAAUUUUUCUGAAGGUGCAGCUGGUUUAACAUAAAGGGUAAUGUCCAGAACUGUUUGAGAUAGCCGUGCAUUUGAAGGUGAGUUUCGUCUGAUUGCUAUCGGCACCGUAAUUGUAUAUUGAAUAUCAAUGCCUUUGAUCGACCAAAUCAAGCUUUUAAGUCUUAAUUGAUAGAAUUGAUAGAAUUUGUAUGUUGUAUAUCCGGGCAAGAGAUAUAUACUGAAGGUGUCAUGCACCCUUGUUAAAUAUAAUUUGUAUUAUGACUUGGUGAAAUGUUGUAUAGUCAAUCUCCUUACACUACAUUCAAACUAUUAAAAAUCCUGAGAAUAUUUUUCCCGAGAUAGUUAAUCAUACAGGGAUUUUUUGGGGUGUGAUGUUCCAAAUAAAACAUAUA